AAAUUCCACAUUCUCAUUUUCCCGCUAUUCCGUCGUGAUCUGAAUCUCUCUCAAAUCCAAACUCUCUUCUCUCUCCAUAGGCCGCCCCUAAAUCUCCGCUAAAGCCCUAGCAAAGGUUUGUUAUUUUUUCAAACCUCUUUCAAUGGCGAUUUACUCUACAGAUACCCUCGUAUCUGUUUCCGCAAACUUUUUCUCUUUCUUUGUCAUUUUGCCAUUAAUUUGACGGUUACAAAGCUUAGGUAAUCGUUUCUCAAUCAAUCGGAUAGAUAUAUGUGAUGACUGGUGGAAAGGAGGAACUGCAUACAUUUGAUUUGACAAAAGAGGUCGGAUUCACUUCGUGUUCAUCAAUUUCUGAUAGUAGCUGUGAUGCUUACACACCACGAUCUCACUGCAGUCGUUUAAGCGGUGGUCAAACUAAACGUUCCUCACAAGCAGGCUGGACAGAUGAAGAGGAUGCUAUGUUGACUGAAGUAGUGAAGAAGUAUAAUGGGAGAAACUGGAAGAAAAUAGCUGAAUCUAUUCCAGGAAGAUCAGAUGUUCAGUGCUUGCAUCGUUGGCAAAAAGUUCUUAAUCCUGAUCUUGUUAAAGGACCUUGGACCAAAGAGGAGGAUGAUCGUAUUAAGGAGUUGGUUGGAAAACAUGGCUGUAAGAAAUGGUCACUAAUUGCAAAACAUUUAGCUGGUCGAAUUGGCAAACAGUGUCGUGAGAGAUGGCAUAACCAUUUAGAUCCAGCAAUAAAGAAAGAUGCAUGGACAGAAGAGGAAGAAUCAUCUCUCGCAUACUACCACCACAUAUACGGGAACAAAUGGGCAGAAAUUGCAAGAUUUCUUCCAGGAAGGACUGAUAAUGCGAUUAAAAACCACUGGAAUAGCUCGAAGAGGAGAUUGGAUCUAAACAUCCCUCCUGUUUUUCCUACUAGAACAGCAUCCCCUGAGCUUAGAAAGAGAAAUGUUCCAUGUUCAACAAAUCUGGCUCUUGGAAACCCUAGAUCUGUUAUUACGGAUGAUGAUAAUUUGGGGUUUUCUAGAUAUACAAAAAUCCGUAAGGUUGAACCAUCUGAUAGUUCUCUUACAACGUCAGAAACGCCUAAGAGGUCAAAAUCAGAUAGUGUUAAAGAUUUGAAAUUUGGGAAUUCGCCCGAUAAUUCAUUUCUAAGUCUUUCAACUUUUGGAUUCAGCGAAGGGAAAUCUCAAAAAUUAGUUUGUGGAACACCUUCUUAUGGAUCCUUGUGUUACCAGCCACCACAGCUGAAGAACUUAGCGAUUUCUUUAGAAAACAACCAUUUUUCUUGCUCGACUCCUCCUGAUCUUGCAUUAAGCAUCUCUGUUAGUAGUCCAGAAUCUAUUCUGAGGAAUUCGGCAAUGAGUUAUAAGAACACUCCUUCAAUUAUAAGGAAGAGAACUCCAAGAAAAUCCGUUAGUGCAACAUCUAGUUAUGAUUUCAGCAAAAAUGUGGAGACUAUUGAAUCGGGAAACACAAAUCGGGGUUCGGAAUCUUGGCUUCAUCGAUCUCAACCAUCGUUAGGAAGGCGUCUGGAUUAUAUUUUAAUUAACAUAAUAAUGGUUUCAAGACAACUGUGAUAUAUAAUAUAGGAGGAUAUAUCUUUUGAUGGUGGUGCAAUGGAAGUUUCAGGAGAUAGUUUUGUUUUGGACUAUAUGAUAUCAAUAAGGGAGUUGGUUUUAAUGCGAGGUACAACUUCUGAUGCGUGAAAUACAUGUCAUAAGGAACAUGAUUGUGUGUAAAACUGGUAAUGGAUAUUGUCCUUUGUUAUGGGAGAAUGAGAGUUUGUGUUGGACUUAUAGAGAUGACUACUACGAUAUGCAACCUUUUAUGCAUCAAGUACAACAUGAUUGAACACGAAUUAGUUGAAAAAAAAUGUUUGCUUAUUUUAGAGUAAAUUAUAACUUUGGUGCAUGUGGUUUAUAUUUAUUUGUAG